AUGGGUUUCACAAUUGCACAAGGACUCGUGAUCAUUGUGGGUGACUCGUACCACUGGAAUUAUGGCUUUAACUAUAACAAAUGGGCAAUCAAACAUGGCCCUUUCUACUUAAAUGACACUCUAGUUUUCAAAUAUGAUCCACCAACUCCAAACACAUUUCCUCACAGUGUUUACAUGCUACCAAACCUCCAAAGCUUCAUUAAAUGUGACUUGAGAAAUGCCCAGAUGCAGGGAAAUGCAACACAAGGAGCUGGGGAGGGCUUCGAGUUUGUGCUGAAAAGGCCAUGGCAACCUCACUACUUUGCUUGCGGUGAGCACGAUGGCAUUCAUUGCCUGAAUGGAACAAUGAAGUUCUUUGUGACUCAAAUAUGCCGCUAUUAUAGAUAA